UGAUUGUCCAAUAAGAGUAUCGAAGGCCUGUUUGACCGAAUUUGUCUGUGAGGCUAAUUCAUACGGGCUAAUUUAGGCCUGAAGCGACACCUUGUGCGACCGACAGGACCGUCUCAGUCGAUUAAACUUAUUGCUGUGUCAUCUGGUAAUAUCAAAAGUUGCUUGAAUGGAUCCAUGCAAGCCUCCUGACCUCGGUGACAUGACCGACGUCCACUACCUGGGACGUGGAAGAGGACUACAGCCUGAGGAUAUGGCUGUAGGACACAGUAGAGGGUUGCUGCUCUCUACAGAGGGGCCUGGUGUAGGACGAGCCAGAUUUUUCCCCACUCCUGGUGACAACCCCCAAGGACAAGGAGUUCCUCGAUCAAUUGGUGAACCUGCAAUUGGCCGAGCUAGAGGGCUUCUGGUACAACCUGAUGAUUUAGUAGUUGGCCGAGCCAGGGGGCUGCUCUUUUCAGCAGCUGAACGGAGGGUUGGGGUGGCAAGAGGUGCAGUUAUGCCCAGACUGGACCCACAGCAAGGAGGUGCAUCUCCAUGUCAGCUAGCGAUGCCAGACCCAACAGGAAACACCAGCACUCUGACAACAGAAAAGAGUGACAUGCCCACCCAUGGCCAAGGAUCACCCCUGGUCUCAUUGUUUAGAGGAAUGGGCAUUGAGACAUCAAUGGCUUCAUGGGGAAGAGGAACUUUGCCAGUAGGUAAAGGAGCAGCUGGAGAUAAGGGAGAGAUGAAACUGCAUGGUGCCCCACAAGGUGUCAUCAGCAGCCUGGAGAGUAUCAGAGAGUCUGGAGUCAUGGUGGGCCAAAGCAGCAGUUUGCAUGGCCAAGGUUUAUCCCCUCCAGUGAUGGUUGGAAUUGGCAAAACAGCGAUGCCACAACUUGGUGUAGGAAAAGGACGCCCUAUGCUUCCUUCUUUUCCGCGAGGUGGCGUCAAGUCCAUUGCUCCAACACCUGAGCCGCAAACAGCUCCACAGUUGUUUCCUCCCUUUACAGGGGCCGUGCCUCCUGUGCCUGCCACUCAAGAUGUGACUGAGCUCUCUACUGUUGCACCAGCAAAGACGGAGCUGAAGAUGGAGGCAGUCUGUGGGCCACUGAAUAAAGCUGGAACAAAAGGAGCUCCGAUAACCAUUGGGUCAAACCACAUCCCAAUCAGAUGCAACAAUGAAGCUGUGUAUCAGUACCAUGUCACGUACACCCCAAAUGUUGAAUCAAUGGCGAUGCGUUUUGGCAUGAUGAAGGAUCACCGCUCAACCACAGGCGAAGUAAUGGCUUUUGAUGGCUCCAUGCUGUACCUGCCUGUUAAACUGAACGACGUGGUUGUUCUCAAGAGUUUGAGACGGACCGAUAACGAGGAAAUACAGAUCAAAAUCCAGAUGACAAAGAUUUUGCCACCAAACUCAGAUCUUUGCAUCCCGUUCUACAAUGUGGUGCUCAGGAGGGUAAUGAAAAUCCUUGGACUGAAGCCAGUGGGCCGAAAUCAUUAUGAUCCAGAGAGCACAGUCAUUCUUGGAAAACAUCGGCUUCAGGUGUGGCCGGGCUAUGCAACCUGCAUCAAGUGCACAGAUGGAGGUCUGUACCUGUCUGUGGAUGUGUCUCACAAAGUCUUGCGGAAUGACUCUGUGCUGGAUAUCAUGAACAUGUUGUACCACCAGAGCACAGAAAACUUCCAAGAUGAAUGCACCAAAGAACUUAUCGGCAGCAUUGUUAUCACUCGCUACAACAACCGCACCUACCGCAUCGAUGGCAUUGAGUGGAACAAGUCCCCUAAAGACACCUUCACUUUGAUGGACGGCACAGAAACCACUUUUGUGGAGUACUACAGCAAGAACUAUGGGAUUACAAUCAAAGAGCUGAGUCAACCUUUACUUAUGCAUCGGCCAAAAGAGAGGUCCAAGCCAGGAGGCAAGCAAAUCAUUACUGGAGAGAUCCUUAUAGUGCCAGAGCUUUCCUUCAUGACAGGAAUCCCUGAGAAAAUGAGGAAGGAUUUCAGAGCUAUGAAGGACUUGACCAUGCACAUCAAUGUGAGCGGUGAGCAGCACAGCCAGUCUGUAAUGCAGCUGCUGAAGAACAUCAGGGCCAGUCCUGAGAGUCUGAAGGAGAUCAGCCGAUGGGGACUGGAGGUUGGCAAAGAAGUACUGGUGAUGCAAGGUAGAACUCUUCCCCUUGAAACCAUUUGUCUGCAGUCUUCGUCUUUUGCUACUGGUGCUGAUUUGUCCUGGUCCAGAGAGGUUGUGAGGGAUGCUUCAAUCAGCUCUAUCCCUUUGAACAUCUGGGCCAUCUUCUACCCUCGCCGCUGUGCAGAACAGGCUGAAGAGCUGAUUUCCACCUUUAACAAGGUGGCUGGGCCUAUUGGGUUAAGACUGGGGCGACCCAUUCAUGUGGAGCUGAGAGAUGAUCGGACCGAGACUUAUGUCAGGAGCAUCCACUCUGAGCUCACCAGUAAGCCGUAUAUGCAGCUUGUAGUGUGCAUCAUAGUUGGCAACAGAGACGACCUCUACGGCGCCAUCAAGAAGCUGUGCUGUGUUAAAAGUCCCAUCCCAUCCCAGGUCAUCAAUGUCCGGACAAUUUCCCAGCAACAGAAGUUGAGGAGUGUUGCCCAGAAGAUACUCCUACAGAUGAAUAGCAAGUUGGGCGGAGAGCUGUGGACUGUCAGUGUUCCUCUGAAACACCUGAUGGUUGUUGGAGUUGAUGUCCACCACGACGCCAGCAAGAGGUAUCAGUCCGUCGUGGGGUUUGUUGCGAGCGUGAACAGCUCAUUGACCCGCUGGUACUCCAGAGUAACUUUCCAGGCACCCACUGAGGAACUGAUCAAUGGCUUCAGAGUUUGCUUACUGGCUGCACUCCAGAAGUACUACGAGGUGAACCACAACUUGCCCGAGAAGAUUGUGGUGUUUCGUGAUGGUGUGUCAGAUGGCCAGCUGAAGAUGGUGGAGCAGUACGAGAUUCCACAGUUGAUCAAAUGCUUUGAGACUUUCCCAAAGUAUGAGCCCAAGAUGGUUUUCAUUGUGGUCCAAAAGCGCAUCAGCACCGCUCUCUACUCCUGGGCUGCAAACAGCUUUGGCACUCCUCCUCCUCCGGGAACUGUCCUCGACCACACCCUUACUCAGAAAGACUGGGUAGACUUCUAUCUGAUGGCACAUCACAUACGCCAGGGCUGUGGACUCCCUACACACUACAUCUGUUUGUACAACACAACAAACCUCUCACCAGACCAUUUGCAAAGGCUGACGUUCAAGAUGUGCCAUUUGUACUGGAACUGGCCAGGCACCAUCCGUGUUCCAGCACCAUGCAAGUAUGCCCACAAGCUGGCCUUCCUGUCUGGCCAGUACCUGCACUCUGAGCCGGCCAUUCAGCUGUCCGACAAGCUGUUUUUUCUUUGAGCUGCACUAGUUCCUACCUCAAGCACUGAUUCUGAGUUUUUUUGAGCAAGUUUCCAGUUUAAGCCAAUGUUCAAUAUGUGGCUUUAUGUUCUCUUAAUGUUCACAGUCUUCCAGAAUGUAUACAGCUUUGUAUAGCUGGAAAAACAAAACACAAGUCUUUUUUCUAUUCUUUUAUCCUGCACCAUCAUAACUCCACAGGCUCCAUAUACACUUGACCAAAAGUACUGUUCAAAUGGCUGUUGCAGAACAUCUGCACCAAAAUCUUGACAUGUAAGAUGUUUUAGAAACUCCACAUCCUACACAUUUCUGUUUUGGAUUUUGAGAUGCCAACUUGGCAUCCUCAGCUCAAAAAAAUGUCAUGCCGAACCAUGGACCAUGGGGUACAAACUGACAGCUAGCACUUAGAAUAAAAAUAUAAAGAUUCCCACAUCUUAAAGUUUUCAUUUUUUUCAUAUGCAAAAUCUAUUUGUAGAGUUCUACAGUGGUUGUAGUGUGGCCGCUUGUAUUUACUGCUCAUUAGACAGAAAUAACGGGUAGAUUCUUCUAAAAUCUGUGAUCGACUCACUAAUGGGAGGAACGAGCUCUAACACGACUGCCAACCUUUAGACAAUGUUCCAUCCAAAUACAUGUUUCCUGUUCAGGCUGAAAUGGAAACUGCACGUUUUCUAAUUCUGUUUCAUGGGUCAGAGUGAAGAUGACCAUCAGAAAACUGUUAGCAAACCAAAUUCAACCUACAUUAGAAAACUGUUUUCAGAUCAUACAUACAGCCAACCAAAGUAACAGCUCUACUAUAAAAGUGUUUAUGCUGCAGUAUAUGCAUAUGUUUUACUAAACAGAAAUCAUAACUCAGUAACUAAGUUUAGUUAUUGUAUACUCGGAGACCUGCAACCAAAACAAUUUUGAAUGUGUCUGGAUUCAGUACCUGUGUAGAGUAAAAAUACAGUGCUGCCAAAGAACAUAAAGUGAAGACGUUAUGUAUGCUGUUAACAAAUGCAAAUAAAUUCAAGAACUGUUUGUGCUGAGUCAGGCCAGAGGACUUCAUCUACAUUACAGGCAACAUUCUGUGACCUGGUGUUUUGGAUCCAGCCUGGCAAAACUCCACAUCUAUGUGACCAGGCCAAGUGGCUGCUAUGCAGAGUAAAACUCUUCUGUUGGGUCGAGAAGAAGGGAGUUUGGUAGAAGGUAAACAUUUAUGAAUCACUGAUUGAUGCUAAACCACUGUAGAGAAAACUGACAGUGUCCUAAACUAAACAGGAUGUUCUGUCUGCUCAUGAUCCUGUUGCUCAUGCCCAAACCAGACAUCCC